AUGGCUGCCGGGCUUGGGCGCCUCGCCCUGGCGGCGCUCGUGGCGCUGCCCGCCGAGUGCCUGAAGCUGGGGGUGGACCUCGCCUACGGCGGCUCCCUCUCCAUCGCGAGGCUGGCGGAGGCGGAGCGGAAGAGGCUCCACGAUCUGGCGUACGAGAGGGAGUUCACGGUGGACCUGAACAUGACGGAGGCCCACGUGAGCGGCAAAACCUUGGGCGCGCAGGUGGACACGGACACGGACUUCACCCCUCUCUCGAUCGUUAAGAUCCAGAAGAGCGGCUUGUUGGAGACUUGGAACAGGGCCAACCCAGACAGGGCGGUGCACGUGGGUGACCAGAUCGUGAAGGUCAACGGCAUCAUUUGGCAUCACAACUCUCGCACUUUUGCAAAGCGCAUCAGUGGUCAGUUCCUGGCCGCCAAGGGGUACAAGGAUGGCGCGAAGAAGACGCUCUCCCUGUCCAUCCAGCGCCCGAGGCAGCAGAAAGAUACCCGCUUCGAGUCGCAGAGGCAGGACUUGCAUCGGCAGCAGUACUCGAAGGAGUUCGUCGCUAACAUCGAAGACGCCUACGUACGGCAGAACAUGUUCGCAGUCACAGUCGCAGUGGUCGCAGUGUUGGUGAACAGGCUCAUCGUUCCCGUCAGCGCCGGCCUCGCCAGCAUCAGCGUGAUCGAGACGCUCACCGACACCCACGAAAAUUCCCGCGCUGCCGCCGCCGCAUCCACCCUGGACGUCAUGCUCGCCGACGGCUCCCUCCUCGCCGCGUGCAAGAAGCGUUCAGGCCACGAGAAGGCACCAGACCUUGACGGCGGCAACGUCGGCCCCCGGAGGGAGCUCGGUGACGGCCAGCGGGGCCGCGGCCAUCCUGCGGUCGCCCGCUGCAGACGGGGCGACCAGGGCAUCGAGGACGGCGCCAGACUGCGCUCGCCGGGCAGGUGGGCCCCGCAGGCGUGCUGCCUCCCGUCCUCGAGGAUCGCGGCCGAACUGAGGGCGGCGCUCGGCGCGGCUUGGCGGAUCUGGAGUUGCUGGCGGCCAAGGAGAGGCAGCCGCCGGGAAGGGGGCCCUCCCACCUUGCGCUUCCCCGAGCGCUUGCUGGGCAGGGUGAAGGGCCACGUCUUCCCCCCGAUGGUCGCGGCGAAGCUCGAGGCGAGAUGGCAGCAGUCACUAGGCGCUUGGAAGGCUUUCGAGGGCCGCGGCUACGCCGUCGCUUCGGUAGCGGCGACGGGCGCCUCGGUCGGCGCGGACGUCCUGCUGCCGCGGACCCCAGUGGUCCACGAGCGCAAAACCACGUGGGCGCCCCCAGGCGCGGCCGAGGAGGAGUUCGCGGCGGGCGAAGAGCGGGCCGACGACUACGCGUCGGUCAAGAACCGCCCAGGGGCGAUCGCGGCGCAGCUGCGCGAGAGGGUCGCUGCGCCGGGCGCGGUGCAGAAGGCCUCCGGCGCGGACGAGUGGCGAGUGGUGUUCGACGCGACGCACUACGUCCUGGUCAACCACGAGAUCAGGGUCUUGGAGCAGGACGUGACCUCGGUCCUCGGCGCGAUCCACGGGGCGAGCGGGCAGGUGACGCUCGCGCUCCUAUCCGACGUCUCCAAGGCGCACCGGCGAAUACCCGCGCGCGAGGAGGACUCCCCUCCUGCAGCCGGGGCGCUCUAG